AGAACAAACGAUUCCUUCCAUCUCCAUCUCGGUCCUAUCGCCACACGUAUCGGUUUCAUCUCCUGCACAUACUCACACAAGGUACAAACAUGUCGACACUUGAGGAUCUCGACGCCCUGGAGCACCAGGACAAGAAGGAAGGCGAGGAGAAGAGAGACGGCGAUGACCAAGAUCCCAAGAAGCCCAACCAGGGCGGCGAUGCCGACAUGAAGGACGCCGACGGUGACAAGAAGGAAGAGGAGGAGGAAGAGGUGCUCGACUCAGACAUCCUCAACUCAAGCACAAGGGACAUUGUCACAAGGCGGCGACUGCUGGAAAACGACACGCGCAUCAUGCGCUCAGAGUUCCAGCGCCUGACACACGAGAAGCAAGCCAUGCUGGAGAAGAUCAAGGACAAUGUUGACAAGAUCGACAACAACCGUCAACUCCCAUACCUUGUCGGCAACGUUGUCGAAAUCCUCGAUCUCGAUGUCGACGAAGACGCUGCCGAGGAGGGUGCCAACGUCGACCUGGAUGCAACCCGCGUGGGCAAGUCUGCCGUCAUCAAGACAUCGACCCGCCAAACCAUCUUCCUGCCCUUGAUCGGCCUGGUCGACCACGAGAAGCUCAAGCCCGGUGACCUGAUCGGUGUCAACAAGGACUCAUAUCUCAUUCUCGACACGCUGCCCGCCGAGUACGACAGCAGAGUCAAGGCCAUGGAGGUCGAUGAAAAGCCCACAGAGAAAUACACCGAUGUUGGAGGUCUGGACAAGCAGAUUGAAGAACUGGUUGAGGCUGUCGUCUGGCCCAUGAAGGAGGCUGAGCGCUUCAAGAAGAUCGGCAUCAAGGCCCCCAAAGGUGCCCUCAUGUACGGCCCUCCCGGUACCGGAAAGACGCUCCUCGCCCGUGCUUGCGCCGCCCAAACAGAAGCCACUUUCCUCAAGCUUGCCGGUCCUCAGCUUGUUCAAAUGUUCAUUGGUGACGGUGCCAAGCUGGUCCGCGACUGCUUUGCUCUGGCUAAAGAGAAGGCUCCCUCGAUCAUCUUCAUCGACGAGCUUGAUGCCGUCGGUACCAAGCGUUUCGACAGUGACAAGAGUGGUGACCGUGAAGUCCAGCGCACUAUGCUUGAGUUGCUGAACCAGCUCGACGGCUUUGCCAGUGACGACAGAAUCAAGGUUCUUGCCGCAACAAACAGAGUCGAUGUUCUCGAUCCUGCCCUGCUUCGUUCUGGUCGUCUUGACCGCAAGAUCGAAUUCCCCUUGCCCAACGAGGAGUCGCGCGCUCAGAUUCUGCGCAUUCACAGCAGAAAGAUGACCGUGGAUGAGGGUGUCAACUGGCCUGAGUUGGCAAGAAGUACUGAUGAAUUCGGCGGUGCCAUGCUCAAGGCCGUCUGUGUCGAAGCUGGAAUGAUUGCGCUACGUUCGGGACAGUCCAAGAUCAUCCACGAACACUACGUCGAUGCCAUUGCCGAGGUGCAAUCAAAGAAGAAGGAGUCCAUUUCAAUCUACGCCUAAGACGUUUCGACUUUUGUUGCAUUGGCGGGGUUGGAGGCGCUUUCAGUGAACGACACAUACCCGGGUUU